AUGUCUUCCGCCAUCUGCGGCCGUUGCGCCGCCACCGCAUCGCAUCUAGCUCCUCAAAGAAGAGGUCGGCUGCCUGUUGACAAUGCCCUGCUGUCUGCACAUUUUGUCUUGACGAGGACGAGGCACUCGAAAAUUCAAAUAUACUCUUCGUCAAUCCAGACUGCGAUUACUCGGCGCCAUGCGACGUCUUCGGCCUCGGGCAAGAGAAAUAGACCAAAGCCAUCACCACCACCAAAUCCAACAACGCCAAACGCGAGAUCGUCCUCUUCGAAUGCACGAAAACCAGCUUCGCUAACGCCAACAGUUAACGCUCCCGUGAGCACACUCCCAGCGGAGCUCAAUCUUCCUCCAUCGCCAACAACUGCGACCGAGACGCUGCCCAAAAAACUGUCCCGCUUUGUUGCAUUCGGUAGAGCAUACUUGGCCUUCUAUAAAACCGGCUUGAAAAACGUAUACUACAAUUACAAAGACUCCUUACCCAUCCGACGUGCUCUCGGUCUCCCUGCUUAUAUACCUACUUCCCCGCCUCCUCCCGAAGCCAGAGGAGGAAACUCUCCGGGCGCCACGUCGUUCAAGACUGCCAUUGAUGCUCUCAAAAUAUCGCGAGCCGAUUUCCAGCUCGUGCGUCGCGCUGCACACGAUGUCCGUCGCAUGAUCCCCUUUGGACUACUGCUCAUCAUCUGCGGGGAAUUCACCCCUUUAAUCGUCGCAGCAGUCGGCGACUCCGUGACUCCUUUCACCUGUCGCAUACCCCGACAAAUCGAGAAAACACGGAUCAAGCGCGUGGAGCAAAAACGUUGCGCCCUGAAAGCCGUCCAGGGCGGACUCGGGUCUGUGAAGCCCAUCCCUCCCGGCUCAGCUGAAGAAAUGGCCUGGUUGGCCGAACAAUUCGGAACACGCGAAUUCGCAUCCACCGCUUCGGCAGAGCAAGUGCUGCGCGCAUGCUCAACUUUUGGAUUGGCGAAGUCGCACGACCGGCCCUCGUUCUUGGUCCCGUUCGUUUAUCGGCCGCGGCUGUUGCGUUGGGCGGAGUACUUGGACCUUGAUGAUAGAUUGAUCGUGAGCUGUGGUGGGGUACGUGCUAUGAGCGCCGAUGAAGUCCGUAUUGCUGUCGAUGAGCGCGGUGGCGCUGGUGUUGGCUCGGAUUUAGGGUUAGAGGCACUCGAGAAGGAGGAACGUCGGUGGUUGAGUGAAUGGUUGGCCCGGAGGAAGAUCACCUAG